AUGAAAGAAGGAGAGAAGCUGGAUAGCUUUCUAGGAAGAACCCUCAGUGUGGUGAACAAGAUGAAAUCAAAUGGUGAAAACAUGGAGCAAAGCACGGUGGUCAGUAAGAUACUUAGAUCAUUGACUUCUAAAUUCAAUUAUGUUGUAUGUUCGAUAGAGGAGUCAAAUGAUUUAAGCAUCUUAACCAUUGAUGAACUCCAUGGAAGUCUUCUUGUUCAUGAACAAAGGAUGCAGGAACAUCAAGUGGAGGAACAUGUGUUGAAAGUUGCUCAUGAUGACAGAUUUGGAAGAGGAAGAGGAGGAUGA